AGUAUGAGCAACAAAGGAUGAAAAAUGGCUCAUUUAUCGGUAUUUUUUCCGCGCAUGGUUCGGUAGAGUUAAAGAACUAAAAGGUAACCGACAAGGGUCUACGGGACUGGAGGCCAUACGGCCAAUGCCCUCUCGUGACGAUGGCGAGGAUGUAGAUGAUAUGGACAUGCAAGAUUAUUACAGCUCGGAAGAAGAUUUUUCUGGCAAACUGGAAGAGCAAGAUACUCAGCCAUUCUACACAGAAGAUAUGGCAACCGAGAAUAUAUUCGAUGUUGACUUUCCUUACCAGGAACAAGAUCUCCCAUCUAGUCAACCGCUGAGUCAGGCAUCCCAUUUAAGAUCACUGCAAACAUCCUAUUCUUCCAAACGCCUCGAAAGGUCGCCUUCAGAAGAGCAUCCGUACAACGCUCCGUCCCUUUCCGUUAAGAAACCACUCAUCCGAUCAACGUCAUCUACGUUGACAUCGGGCAUACCCCGUCCCGGCUACACCAGCCGUUCCAACAGCGGGUGCUCGGCUGUGUCAUCUCCUCGCAGUAACCCUAGGGCGCCGUCACCUGUCCAAGACUCGCCACUUUUCUCGCAUGAUGAAAUGCAAGAAUUCAUUGGCUUGCACCGAGCUGAGAUGCGAGAAGUCAAUGACUGCUCUAAGCGCGAAACCAAGUUGUUAGCCAACUUGACCCUGAACCUAUCCAGUCAACGUGAAAGAGGCAUCGUCAAGUCGACUCGGUCGUUUGAGGACUAUCUCGGAGAGUUGGACGAUAUGCUGGCGCACAAGCUAGCCUCUAUUGAAGCGCUUCGUGAUCAUAUUGAGUUGAUUGUUGAGCGAGCGACUCAUGGCUAAAUUGUUUUGGCCGACAUGACUGCGCUACAUUUUUACCCGCACACGUCCGUGACAUUUGUAUUCCCGAAAGUCACUGAACGUUUUAGAAUGAGAGCACAAACCCUGUCACGGUUUUGAGGCAUAAUGUUGUAAUAAAAAUGUUUAUUAGUAAUAACCCUCUCAUCGACUGAUCAAUCUGAGCUGCGCCUCUUUAUGUCGAUGACCAAGGAGUUUGAUUUACCGAAGUUAUAGAAUUUUCUGUCUUCCAGAAAGCGACUAUCGGAA